AGAAGUCCUCUUGCCUGACUUCUUAGGGCACUUCAAUGCGCUGUCUGCCUUGGUGCGCUCAGACUCGGGAAUUGCGACAACAAAGCGGCGCUGCACAUGGCUGUGGGAACGGACCGCCGUGCGAAGAAGACAGCUUCUAGACUAGAUCAGCCGUUGUCUGUACAGCCUAUCAGUAAAGCAAUGUCCUUUCAUCCUCCGAUCCACAGCCCUGGCGUCGACGGUCCUCCAGAACCCGUCUCGAUCCAAAGUCCAACGGACUCACUUGACUUCAAGAACACUUUCACUGGGCCGGAUUCCGUUACUCAAACGCACCAUCAAUUGAGCAAGAAAAGGCGUUCGUCCAAGAGCAAGAUACCUGGAGAACUACGUCGCUCAACAUCUACGCCGCAUAUGCGCAACUUGGCAUUAGGCGAAUUGUCGCCAACAAGCAACAAAGCGCGCAAUAAGCUAGGCUACCACCGAACAUCUGUCGCAUGCGGGCACUGCCGGCGGAGAAAGAUACGAUGUCUUUUGGCUCCAGACGACCCACAAGGCCGUUGCUCGAACUGCAUUCGGCUAAAGAAAGAGUGUAAUUUCUUUCCAGUUGAACACAACAUUGAUGCACAAAGGUCUUCGGGUCCCGGGAAGGAUCUAAGUACUGGGACACCAACAACACCACAAGCUUCAUCUCCACGACAUCUUCCUCCCCAUACAGGAGAAAAGAUUGGCGAUUUCCAUGCGUCCUACCAUGGCAGUUCUGCGCCGAACGCGCCUUAUGGCUAUCCAGGUGAGGCCGAUCUCGACCCUCACCACACGCCCACUUCAGGUGGAGUGCCGUCACAACAUGGAGCUUAUCCAUACCCUCCGCCAAUAGAGACACAAUGGCCUCCAACGACUAGUUAUCUUCCUUCCUCGACAAUCGCCGAGAGUCCCAACUCAAACACAGGAUACUGGCGCCAGUCCCCGUCAACAGCAAAUUCCGUGUACGGGAGCGAAUCUGGCGUCUCCGGCGUGCAUACCCCAGCUACGAUGAGCACAAGCUCAACCAUGUCAUACGGUCAUCCAGAGACCCAUGCAUGGGGCCAACACCCUACGUUCCAACAACAACCUCCAACGCGAUCGAUGUCUUACGGCAACAUCGAAGGAUUACCGCACCAGUAUCCAGGCCAAGGCCUUGGCAUCCAACAGGAAUUUGGGCGGCGAACCUCCCCUUACCCUUAUCCCAGCACAAUAGACACAAGUCAACCAACAUUGCGGACCGCGACUAUGGGAAGUUCAACAUCUGGACCUCUCUCCGCGCCGGUGCUCCAAUCUCACCAGUACUAUCCACCAGCUUGGAAUUCUUACGAACACAGCCAAAUUUCACCAAUGACCAUGCCCGGUCGCUCGAUGAGUGCGCAAUGGUACGCAGAGCCAGGACACUUAGACCAAGUGCAGGAAGAGGGCGGACCGCCAAUGGCUUACAGCCAGCACGGUGUACCACAGUACUAUUCUGGCGCAUGAUUCGAGGACUGAGCUUUAGCCUUCUCGGGAAAGCGACAAUGUAUGAAUCGGUCCAGAUAAAGAAUGAUUUGAGCGAAUCUGCAACGCUGGCAAUACGCAUUCCUUUACGACAUGGGCUCCCAGCACGUUAACAUUUGAUUACGAAGGCGCGGACGGAGAUUACUUUUGGGGAACGGAAAAUUCGAAAUUCGUUCAUACAGACACGGUGGACGUUGUUCGAUUGUUCAUUUGCAUCCACCGGAAGAACACGGUCUAG